AUGGGUAAUGCUCCGCGAUUUCUACAACCGCUUGACGCUUCACAAUCGUGUGACGAUGACGCGUCAUCUUCACGACUUCAAACUGGAGAGUGGGACAAGUAUGGCGGAACAUCUAGAUUCUUUCGACGAACUGGUAGUGGGACUCCAGACUACGGAAGUCCGAUGGAUGAGUCGCGCCAGCUGGUAAUACUUCUCAGCAGUCUGCCUUCUGAAUACGAACUGAGUUCGUCGAUUGUUGAAAAUGCGAAGGACAUUACGCUGACUGAAGUCAAGGAGAAGCUGCUCAAGGAGUCAGGAAAGAUGCAAAGAAAGGAGACUACGGAGAAAGCAUUCCGCGUGAAUGGGAAUCCUGGAUAA